AUGCUGGGAUCAUGGGCCGUAUGGUUUGGACCGUUGGCUCGGUGGCUCGUAGGCGGUUUCCUGGACGGAAUGGUGGCUAGGAUCCCAAGGCUUGGAGCUCUGGAUCCUGUCAUCACAUUGGGCUCUGGGAGCCGAACCAAUAGCUUGGAGCUGUUGGAACCUGGAAUCUGGCUCAGAGGCUCUGGCAAGAUCAAAUCCUCGAACAACACCGAGUACCGUAUCACGCCAGUGUUUGGAUUCAUCGAUGGAUCUGGCACAAAGGAUGUUGUCGUCACUCGUACCGCCGGUGGCCCCAAAGAGGACAAACUGGUCAUUCACUUUGCUCCAGCUCCAGCCGAUGCGACUGAUGCUCAGGCGGCUUUCGCCACGGUCACUCCAGCUGGAACUAUCACUAUUCCAUUGUCUGCCCAAUAG